AUGGCCUCAAACCCGGAGGCUGGGGCCUCAAUUGUUCACCGAGACACGCUCAAGCCUGGCUGCGACGUAGAUGAACUUGAUCUUGCAGCGCUUGGCCAUGAACAAGUCCUAACACGGAAGUUCAAUAUCUGGAGUAUGCUUGCUUUGAGCUUUUGCGUGUUGGGGACAUGGUCGACUUUCGCGCAGGGGCUCUCGAGCGGCCUUACCAACGGAGGGCCUGUCGUUAUCCUAUGGGGCCUGGUGCUGGUCUUGUUCUGCAACCUUUGCGUGGCGGUCUCCUUGGGCGAGAUGUGCAGCGCCAUGCCCACCAACCUGGGGCAGGCGUUCUGGAUAUCCCAUCUAUUCCCCACCCCUUCCGGAAGGUUUGCCAGCUAUAUGUGCGCCUGGAUCAAUACCUUCGGGUGGUGGACGUUAUCCGCUUCACAAAUCGCUUUCAUGACCGACUUUAUUCUCGGUAUGAAGUUACUAUUCGAUCCUGAUUGGGAGAGCAGUGGGUGGAUGCAGUUCUUGAUUUACAUUGGUAUCACGGCUUUGAUGAGUGCCAUCAACAUUGUUUUUUGUCGUAAAGAUAAUAUCUUGCCCAUGUUCAACAACCUUGUGGGAGUCACCUUCGUUGGCCUCUUCUUCGUCAUCUCCCUUGCCCUGCUCAUUUCCGUCGGGACGAGGUCGGACCUCCGCUUUCAGAAUCCUGGCUUCAUCUUUGGAGCCUGGCUGAACCAGACUGGCUGGAGCGAUGGUGUCACAUGGUUCAUGGGCUUAGUACAAGCGGCUUACGGCCUCACUGCUUUCGACUCAGCCAUUCACAUGGUUGAGGAGAUCCCAAACCCUCGCAUAAACAUCCCACGUGUCAUUUGGCUGUCGGUGCUCUCUGGUGCACUGACUGGCUUUCUCUUCAUGAUCGUCUGCCUUGCGAGUAUUCAGUCGCUAGAUGACAUUCUCGACCCUGUCACGGGUUUACCGUUCAUGGACCUCUUGUCGUCGACACUCGGAGUCAAUGGUGGAUGCGUAUUGUUGUCGUUCUUUAUCUUCAAUGGUAUUGGCCAGGGCGUAAGCAUCGUCACAUCAGCGUCCCGGCUCACAUGGAGUUUUGCCAGAGAUGGUGGUCUGCCUUGGAGCUCCUACCUGUCAGUUAUCAACCAUACGUGGAAGGUACCAGUUCGGGCUAUAGUGGCGCAAGGCAUUAUUAUCGGCCUGGUCGGAGUGCUCUACACCUUUGCAAGCACAGUUUUGGAGGCUAUUCUUAGCGUCAGUACAAUUGCGCUCACGAUCUCUUACGCGAUGCCUAUAAUUGCUUUACUCAUCAAAGGCCGAGAUGAGCUUCCAGCUGGGCCUUUCAGGCUUGGUAGCCUCGGGUCUACCAUCAAUUGGAUCGCAGUCAUCUAUUGCGCCAUAACGUCCGUCUUCUUCUUUUUCCCUGGCUCACCAGAUCCUGCUCCGGUUGACAUGAACUAUGCCAUCGCCGUCUUUGGUGUCAUGCUCUGCGUCUCUUUGGCCUUUUGGCUGUACAGGGGGCGGUCCGAUUUCAUGCAGGCCGAAAGUAUAGACGGACGCUCACCUGCCAUGAGAAGGGGCAAAGGAAACUCACCCAAGGGCACCGUUAGAAACACUGCCAAAGCAACAAGUCCGGAACCAUUAAGAAACAAUCUAUAG